AUGGCGGAAAGUCUUCUCGAGAACUACAAUCCCCUUUACGAUGUUCAUCUCCGGCAAUACUUUGCCCUACCACACAUGCAAAAACAUCUACGCCGAAUGGGAUUGAUUGAUUCAAACGGAAAAAUGCGUGAUGGACAAGAUGCUGUUUAUGCUCGUCACAAUAUGAUGAUGGAUAUGAUGCUUAAGAAUAGAGAACAACAAUUGUUGAAGUUGGCUGAAUUGCAAAAGAAAUUGGACGCAGCGGAGAAAGUUGAGAUCUACAGAAGGAUUCGAAGUGGACAAAGCCCGGAGUCUUUCCGAAGAACGAAAGCAUCGAGGAGUCUGUCAAGAGGUCGACCACGAGAGAACUCUGGAUCAAGACAACGACGAUUUUCAAAUAGUUUAGAUGAUAAAGAACUCAUACAAAAAAUUGAGACAAAAGAUGAACCGGAGAAGAUAAAUGAAAAGGAUCCAUAUGCUAGACUCUCAGCAAAAGCAUCUAAAUAUCGUUAUUUGCAUAAACUUGAUGACAAGACUCUGGUCGACUAUCAGGAGCAGUUGAAACGCGAGCUGGAUCGUCUCGAGCGUUUCCGCGAAGUCUCAUUCGGUGUUCAUUCAGUCGCUCGUCAUCCUCCAUCCUCAGCUCAAUCAUGGUUCUUUCGUAGAAGGUCUCUUCCAUCACUCACACAAUCUCUUCCCACAGCUGCCUUACACGAACCGCUCAGAUCGGUGAACUCGUUGAGGGGAAGAAAAGCGAAUGCAUCGCCGAGAAGACAAGCAAAUGACUCGUGUCCACCAACAGUCAGACAAAGAAGAACGUCGAAUAGCGCGAAUCCGAGAUUGCCACCGAUUCAGAGAAAACAUGUUUCGAAGUCGGCUGCUGCUGCUCCAACCGCGAAAACCUCGGCAAAACCUUUGAAACUCCCGCCUGCUCAACCAAGAUCUGCACCUAAACCUUCGACAAAAGCUCGUUCUUCUUCUAAUACAAAGACAAUAAAGAGAGAAAAGUUGCCAGCACUUGAAGCGAUCGGAGUGGGGAUUGGAGUGGCAUCGGCUGCGGCUCUCACAAGGAAAUCAGAGCCUAAACCGAAACUUGAGUCUCUUUCUGGAGCUCCUCUUGCUUCACCAGUGACUGCUGAAUCUGAGCAUAGUGAAGAGCCAACGACGGAGGACGAGCACUGUGCUUUCUAUGACAAUGGGUACACAGUUCGACCAGAGAGUAAUGCGACAAAUGGAACUAGUGAAACGGGUGGAGCUGAUGAAACAGAUGAUCGACGAUCAACAGGGAAAGAACACCAGAAGCGAUGGAAACUGAAGAAGAUGUUGAGACACCGAGAUCUCCUCAGAUUGUGGAAAGAGUUCAUGAACCCUGAAGGAACUGACAAAUCACCGACUCCUGUUGCUUCUCCUGUUGCUUCUCCCGUUCAUCACAUUGAGGAACAUCAUUAUGAUGAAAGGGAAGCUGAAGGAGAACCACACGAUGAAGAACAUCAUAGUGUGCAUAAACGAGUGCUGAAUGAGGAGGAUUAUCCGCAAGAAAAUCAAGAACAAGAGCACGUGCCAGAGGAAUUUGAAGCUCAUCACGAGUUGGCUCGAUCUCCAGAACACAGGGAAUCACCGAUUGAACGUCAUUCACCUGGAUCUCCGGUACAAGAUCAAGAAGUACCACGUUCACCAGUUGAACAUCAAGAUCAUAUGCAUAGAUCUCGUGAAUCCUCAGUUCAACACCAUGAUGCCUUUGAAGCACACCAGGCAUCUAGGUCUCCUGUCGAACAUGAAUCACCAGUUCAACAUCAUCAUGAAGUACCUAGAUCUCCCGUUGAGAGUGAAAGGAGAUCCCCGAUUGAACAUCAUUCAGCUGAAUCUCCAGUACAAGAUCAAGCUUUUGAAGCUCAUCAUGAAGUGCCACGUUCACCAGUUGAGAGUGAAAGGAGAUCCCCGAUUGAACAUCAUUCAGCUGAAUCUCCAGUACAAGAACGAGAGUCUCCUCAAGCUUUUGAAGCUCAUCAUGAAGUGCCACGUUCACCGGUUGAGAGUGAAAGGAGAUCACCGGUUGAACAACAAGAUCAUGUGUCUAGAUCUCGUGAAUCCCUAGUUCAACAUCAUCAUGAAGUACCUAGGUCUCCCGUUGAGAGUGAAAGAAGAUCACCGGUUGAGCACGAGCAACAUCAUGAAGCUUUUGAAUCUCAUCAUGAAGUGCUACGAUCUCCCGAUGAAAUUGAAGAAAGACCGGCUGAGCACGAAGCCUUUGAGUUACAACAACCACGAUCUCCAGUGGAAAGUGAACACCAUGAUGUACCUCAAUCUCCUAUCGAGCAUGAAUCUCAUGAACAUUUCCAUGAGUCUCCUGCCCGAUCGCCGAGCGCUCACGAAGCCUUUGAGACACAUCAUGAGAUUGCUAGGUCUCCUGAGCACUAUGAACGAGAAUCCCCAGAGCAAUCGGGUCAUCAUUCUCCAGCAGAAGAACACUUUGAUCAACACCACUCUCCUACCCGAUCUCCUGUUGGUCAUGGACUUGAAGAGGCUUUUGAAGCUCACCAUGAGGUACCCCGAUCACCCGAGCAUCAACGAGAGUCACCGAUUGAACAUGAUCAUCAUGAACAUUAUGAAGAGCAUAAAUCAAGGGAACAAGAAGAAGAAGAGUUCCAGGUUCAACAUUAUUCCCCUGUGGCUAGAUCACCGGAGCAUCACCAUGAAGAAGAGCAUCACCAUGACAUGAUCAAUUCCGUUCACGAGCAUCACGUUGAUCAUGAUGAUAUUCCUGUUCAUGGGAUGGAAGAAAGGGAACCCGAGCAUCCAAUUCCAGAUGUCAUUGAUGAUCAUCAUGAACAUGAACGAAGAGAAUCUCCAGUCCAUCAUGAAUACAAUGAAGAAAGAGAGUCGCCAGUACAUGAUCAUCAUGAAGAACAUGAAUCUCCUGUCGCUAGAUCUCCAAUCGAACAUCAUUAUGAAGAAAGACCGGCAAGCUCAGAGAACGCUCAAUUUUAUCAAGAUGAACCAGCUGGAUCCCCAGUUCACGAGGAGGAACCAAUCCAUCAAGAACAUCAUGAUGAGGAACCGAUCCAUCAAGAACAUCAUGAUGAAGAACCGAUCCAUCACCACGAAGAUGAACAUGUAAACUUGCAUCAUCAAGAGGAUCCGAUCAACGAAUCGAUCGUUGAGAGUCACUCUUAUUCCCCUGUUGAGCAACCACAUUUAGAAGUGGAACCAGAAGUGGCUUUCAAUGAGGAAUCUCAAGAACACGGCACUCAUCAACUACAAGAAGAUAUCGGCGAUCAUAUGAAACCAGCGUCUCCAUUGACACCAAACUCGCCUGACAGAAGAAGCUCUGGAUUUGAGCAACAUCAUGAUCAUCAGCCAAUGAUUGAUGAUGUUAGGAAAUCACCAAUGGAAAUCGAUUAUGAAAGACACGAAGAGGAUAAUCACGAUCACCAUCAUUUGAAUGAUCAGCAUGAGAUUCGAGAGGAACACAUAAGUCCGAUGAGUCAGGGAAACGAUGAGGAAAGUUAUCACAGUCAUCACAAUGUUGGACACGGAAUUGGAUUAGGAGUGCCUGAGAUUCUUGAGACAGCAGCAAGUGAGAGAGGAGUUGGAUCAGAAGACAAUCUGUCUACUGAUAGCAUGAUUAUACACCAAGAGAACGAGGAGAAAGAGGAAGAAGGACCGAUUGGAGAUCAAGACCACCUUGAGACACAUGCUGAGGAGAUUGAAGGGUCAAGUGAUGAAAAUGGGAAUAAUGAGAAUGAAACGCAUAAACAAUAUCCUGAUGGGACACAGGUGUUCGAGCACGAUUACGAGGAUGAGAAUGGGGCUCAAGUGCACAAGAAAAUCGUUCACUCGGAACACUCUGAUGAUAAUGGACAUUAUUAUAGCCAUCAUGAGCAGAGCGAGGUGCACACAAGGCUCAUUCAUGCUGGAUCAAAGACACCAGGAAGCGAAAAUGCGCCAGCUCCCGACUCACCCCGAAUGAGCCCAACCGUCGAGCAGUCGACUCUU